AUGGCUGAUGAAAAGAGCGUCAAGGAUGUCGAGGCUCCCCAGAGCACCUACCACAAGGAGGGGAUCGCGGAGGAGUUCGAUGAGGUUGCCGAUCAGAAGCUGUCCAACCGGACAGAGGCUGCUAUGAACGCCGAGAUUGCACAACUUGAAGAGCAACUGCCGUCGCUGAAGAAGCCUCGCACCGAGAUUGAAGUCACAUUCAAGAAUCCCAGCCAUUUCACAUGGGUUCUUGUCGCUUUUGCCUCUAUGGGUGGUAUGCUUUCUGGUCUCGACCAGUCGCUGAUUUCCGGUGCCAACCUCUAUCUUCCCGAUGAUCUACAUCUCAACAGCGGACAGGCCAGUCUGGUGGAUUCCGGUAUGCCUCUUGGUGCUGUUGCUGGUGCUUUUAUCCUUUCUCCGUCGAACGAGUAUCUCGGUCGUCGCAUGUCCAUCAUUGUUUCUUGUAUCUUGUACACCAUCGGUGCUGGCCUGGAGGCUGGUGCUAUCAACUUCGGUAUGAUCUUCGCUGGUCGUUUCAUCCUCGGUAUGGGUGUCGGUCUGGAGGGUGGUACCGUGCCUGUCUACGUCGCCGAGUGUGUUCCCCGCAGACUUCGAGGUAACCUCGUUUCACUUUACCAACUCAACAUCGCCCUCGGCGAGGUCCUUGGCUACGCCGUCGCUGCCAUGUUCCUCGACGUUGCUGGAAACUGGCGCUACAUCCUUGGCUCAUCCCUCGUCUUCUCCACCAUCCUCCUCGUAGGAAUGUUCUUCCUCCCUGAAUCCCCCCGUUACCUCAUGCACAAGGGUCAUGAAGUCGCCGCCUACUCCGUCUGGAAGAAAAUCCGCGGCUUCGGUGACUUCGAGUCCAAAGACGAAUUCCUCGGCAUGCGCCAGGCCGUCACCGCCGAAUCGGAAGAACAAGCCCGCACCAAGAAGUACGCCUGGAUGGACUUCUUCACCCAGCCCCGCGCCCGCCGCGCCAUCGUCUACGCGAAUAUCAUGAUCUUCCUCGGCCAGUUCACCGGUGUCAACGCUAUCAUGUACUACAUGUCCACUCUGAUGGGCGCCAUCGGCUUCGACACGCGCACUUCUGUCUUCAUGUCCCUCGUCGGCGGUGGCUCUCUUCUCCUCGGCUGUAUCCCCGCCGUCCUGUACAUGGAGCGCUUCGGUCGCAGAUACUGGGCUAACACCAUGCUUCCUGGCUUCUUUAUCGGCCUCGUUCUCGUCGGCGCUGGAUACACUAUCGACUACAAGAAGUACCCCGCCGCCGCACAAGGCCUCUACCUCACCGGUAUCAUCCUGUACAUGGGCUUCUUUGGCUCCUACGCUUGCCUGACAUGGGUCAUUCCCUCCGAGGUUUUCCCUACUUAUCUCCGUCACUACGGUAUGACCACAGCCGAUGCAAACUUGUUCCUGUGCUCCUUCAUCGUGACCUAUAACUUCACUCGCAUGAGGGAUACCAUGACGAAUACUGGUCUGACGCUCGGUUUCUACGGUGGUAUUGCCGUUUUGGGAUGGGUCUACCAGAUUAUCUUCAUGCCCGAGACUAAGAACAUGUCUCUUGAGGAUAUCGAUGAGUUGUUCUCGCAGCCUACUUCUGUCAUUGUGAAGAAGAAUAUGAAACAGACCGCCGAGGUGAUUCGGGAUCUGUCGCACUUCCGUAUCAAGAAGGUGUUUUCGCCAGAGCCUUAUUCUCAUUAG